ACCCGAUCCAAUUCUCCCCCCUUCCAAAUUUUCAAUGCUUUUGUUUCACCAUUUUUCCGCCGGAAAAACCCAGGUAAACCCUAACAAACGCUAUGACUCUCCACUCCAUUGUCAUACAGAAGCUUCUCAGCACCAAUGCCCAUUUGGGCCGCCGUGUCGCCGCCCACCACUUCAAGCAGUUCACCUACGGAACCCGCAAUGGCAUGGCCAUCAUCGACUCGGACCGCACCCUCAUCUGCCUCCGCAGCGCCGCCGCGUUCAUUGCUGCCCUCGCCCAGCAGAAGGCCCGCUUCAUGUUCGUCAACACCAACUCCCUCUGGGACGAAAUCAUCGAGCAGAUGACCAAGAAGAUUGGGUGCUACAGCCCCUCCAUGAACAUGCUCUGGCGCACCGGCGGCUUCCUCACCAACAGCCACAGUCCCAAGAAAUUCCGGUCCCGCCAUAAGAAGAUAUGCUUCGGCCCCACCCAGCCGCCCGAUUGCCUUGUGGUUUUUGACACGGAUCGUAAAUCUUCGGUGAUUCUGGAGGCCGAUAGGUUGCAGAUUCCAAUUGUUUCGCUUGUUGAUUCGGCAAUGCCAUUGGAGUACUAUAAGAAGAUCACGUAUCCAAUUCCGGCCAACGAGUCGGUUCAGUUCGUGUACUUGGUGUGCAAUUUGAUUACCAAGACUUUUCUGCUUCAGCAGAAGAGGAAUGGUGCCGUUGCAGUAGAGGAGGAAACGAGGGAGCAAGUGGAGAGUACAGAGGAGAGUAAGAGUACCAACAAGGCUGAGUUGCUUGUGCUUCCUUACAACUUGUUACCUAUUUCUCCUGGUGUUGAAGAAACUGAGGAGCUCUUAGACAAGCUUGUAGUGCUCAAGUUCAAUGGAGCUUCGGGCACAAGCUUGGGAUUCCAUGGCCCCAAGUCCGCUAUUGAAAUCCGUGAUGGGUUGACAUCUUUAGGCUUAAUUGUUAAGCAAAUUGAGUCUCUCCGUUCUAAGUACAGAUGCAGUGUUCCUUUGCUCCUGAUGAACACACCAACGACACACGAAGAUACUGUCAAGGUCGUGGAGAAAUAUUCCAAUUCAAACAUCGAUAUUCAUUCUCUUAAGCAGACCCAACAACCACAGCUCAAGUCACAUGGAGUAGAACAGGGUGGUGAAGAUGAACUAUAUCCUUCUGGUCAUGGAGCAUUGUUCCUUUCCCUUGUGAAAAGUGGAACUCUUGAUGUCCUACUAUCACAGGUCACACCUACCUUUUAUGAUUCAGAUUUUAACAACAUUGGUUCACGCCUACAGAAGUUUGAGCUUGCGGAAAUAGCUCAGAAUUUUGUCAAACAUUCAAUGGACAAAUUCAAACUUGUUGAUACUGGCAGCUUGUGGGUCAAUUUGAAAGCCGUUAAAAGGCUUUUGGAUACAGAUGCACUAAAGAUAGAAGAUAUCCCUGUUUCGAAGGGAACGGAUAGUGAUGAAAUUCCUUUGCAAGAAACAGCAGCUGGUUCAGCAAUACGGUUCUUUGAUCGUGCUAUUGGUAUCAAUGUCCCCCAUUCUCGAUCUCUUUCAAUCAAUAAAACAUCAGACCUACUUCUUUUAAAGUCAGAUAUCUACAUCUGCGAUGAAGGAGUUCUAGUUCGGAAUAUAGCUAGAACUAAUCCCAAAGAUCCUCUUAUUGAAUUAGGACCACAAUUUGAAAAGGUCAGUGACCUCCUAAGUCGAUUUAAGUCCAUACCCGAUAUUAUUGACCUGGAUAGCUUGAAGGUGACUGGUGAUGUGUGGUUUGGAGCUGGUAUAACUCUCAAGGGGAAAGUAACUAUUAUUGCAAAACCCGGAGUGAAAUUGGAAAUUCCUGACGGACUGGUAAUAGAGAAUAAGGACAUCAAUGACCCUUCAGACAUUUGACAAGGAGAUGCGUUGCUCAGAAAAUGUUAGUGAAAAUGUGAGUUGACCUGCCGAACAUCUACCUCUGGAGUCCUUGUAGCUAGCAGCAUGCUUUGACACUGCUACAAAUUCCGUUAAAUAUUCCAUUAUUUGUUUUGAGAAACAGAGAUACGGAGGAGCUCUUCACCGGCGCAGUAUUUAUUUUGGCCGAGAAUUAGAGAGGUCUGCGUGACCAAAUAAGCUUCGUGUUAAAUUGUUUAUUGGAAGAGGUAGUAUCACAGCAAAAGGUUGUAGAAUAGUUCCAUUCGGUUUGUUUACUGACUGAUUUUUUCAGCUGUAAUCUGAUUUUAGUUCUAAAGUGCGGCGUAAGGAGCUUAAAUCUCUGUAACGGAAUUGGUAUAUCAAGUGGUUCUCGUUUGAAGUUUCUUCAAUGAAGGUAAAUGCUAGUUACCUUUCAGUUUUA